AGAGCUACACGGGGGGCUGAGGGUUGGCGCCUGGUGCUGCCCGACAAAUUAACCAGUCAGUGUGUCGCGUCUAUGGGUGGUUUUAGUACGCGUCUGUUUCAACUCCCAGCCUGACAGAAUUUUUUUUUUUUUUUUGUGUGUGUGUGUAACCACGCCUACACAGUGGCUGCCAAGGCUUACCCAUGAGUUAAACCUCCUUUAGUUGGUAAUGAGGAAGGCGUGGGCUCUAGCAGUGGACACCCGAAGGCAGCAGUGGGUGAAAACAAGCAAAAUAAAGAAAAGUUUGGCUGUGAGAAGGUGCUAGACAGCCAGCCAUAGUGACGAGGAGACAGGAAGGUAGACCACCACCAUCACCACCAUCACCACCACAGGGAAGGUCAGUGUGUAAAGGACUGAAAACUACUACUACUACUACUACUACUACUACUACUACUACUACUACUACUACUACUACUACUACUACACUGCCGCCACCAUGUCUAUAUCAGCUAUCUACAUUCUGGACGUAAAAGGCAAGGUCCUCAUUUCUCGCAACUACCGCGGUGAUGUGGACAUGGGCGUCAUAGAGAAGUUUAUGCCAAUUGUGCUGGAACGGGAGGAUGACGGCAACAUGGCGCCCAUUGUCCAGAUCCAGGAGGCCACAUUUUGCUUCGUUAAGGUCAGCAAUCUGUACGUAGUGUCAGCGACGAGGAUCAACGCCAACGUAACCCUUGUCUUCUCCUUCCUGCACAAGCUGGUAUCUGUAGCCCAGGAGUAUUUCAAGGAGCUGGAGGAGGAGAGCAUUCGUGAUAAUUUUGUGAUAAUUUAUGAACUUCUCGAUGAACUUUUGGACUUUGGCUACCCACAGACCACCGACACCAAGAUCUUGCAGGAGUACAUCACACAGGAGGGACACAAGCUGGAGAUCGCACCACGGCCUCCCAUUGCGGUGACCAAUGCUGUGUCUUGGCGCUCUGAAGGCAUCAAGUACAGAAAGAACGAGGUGUUUCUUGAUGUCAUAGAGGGAGUUAAUUUGCUGGCAAACUCAAACGGCAAUGUGCUGAGGAGUGAGAUUGUGGGCAGCAUCAAGAUGAGGGUGUACCUGUCGGGCAUGCCAGAGCUGCGCCUGGGACUCAACGACAAGGUGCUCUUCGAGUCCACUGGCCGGGGGAAGAGCAAAAGUGUGGAGCUAGAGGAUGUCAAGUUUCAUCAGUGUGUGCGUCUGUCCAGCUGAAGGGAGCGUCGUGGGGCAUCCGUGUGCUGAGCCGCAUCUCGGAGGUGGUGCCGGAUGGAGCGAGCCAUUCGGAUGCCUUUGAGAUCAACUGGGUGAAGAAGGCGCUGGAGGAGGGGGACAUCCAUGCGCGGCUUC